AUGGGCUCAUCCUCUAGCAUCUCCAGACGAAACUUGUCUUUUUUCUGGAAGAUGUUGGCUCUCGAUAAACCCGAGUCCAAGGAGUCCGAACGUCCGCUCUACAACUGGGACGAAUCACCUUACGAAGAUAUUAGAACACGUGCAGCGUUCAUAAGAGCCAAAGCCCUCUGUCCGGUCACCAAGAAGCCAGUCAACUUCGUUUGUCCAUAUUCAGGAAUUCCUACUCACCAUUCGAGAGAAGCCUGGGAAAGCGAUACUGAAUACCACAAGAGAAAAACCUACGAGUUGUUGAAGAAGGUCAACUUGUACGAGCACGAUGUCAGAUCUGGUAGAAAAUUCGACGAAUUUGUAUUUCCCCUCGAACAAAAUAAUGAUUACAUGGUCAACUUGUCUAGUUGGGAUUCGUUCUUCUACACGAGAGAUUUCGCUCCCAUGAACACAGAAUUCAACUUGGCUGCUGCCACUAAAGUAUUGACAUAUCCCAUGACAAUUGCGGCUAUUAUUAACAAAUAUUCACCCUACGAACCACAGCCUAAGGGACCAGUAACUGUAGAAGGUCUUCGUUCCUUGGCAGCUUUGAAGUAUACUUUAUAUCCUCCAUACACUAAAUCCACUGACGCUGUCACUUUCAAAGAAAGACCCAUGAGAAUUUUCAUUCUCGGCGCUAAAAUGGAAUCCAUGUUGCCUGGUUACGUAUGGAAACAGUUUGGUUAUCUUUUCCCAGAAACCAAGUUCGAAAUCCAUUUGGUAGGCCCGGAAGCUUAUUUUGAUAAGGAGACCAGAUCGUUCGGCCCUACAAAUGAGCCUCAUGGCCGUGCCCUAGUCAAAAGAUUUGACGAGCAAAUCACUCUUCACUACCAUACGAGAUACUUCCACGAGCUCUACGACAUGGGUGACUUGUUCCCAUUCGACCCAUACUUGGAUAUUUUCUUUUUGUUCCAUCCCGGGUUCGGCACGGCUGACUCCAUUUACUGGGACAAAGCCAUGAAGGGAUUGCUAGAGUCCAAAUGUCCCAUCUACGUCAGUGGGUACCACGACAAGGACAUGAAGCGAGAAAUACAGUGGUUGGAAAAUCACCCCUUGCACGACGAAAUGGAUGUGUUGAUGACUCAAACAGACAACAAGUUUGCCUGUACCAAGAUCGACUUGGUGGACAUCAACCCCACGGAAACAUUUAACUCCAAUAGUCAAUUAUAUGCAUUCAGAGGUAAGAGAUACCACGCCAUUAAGACCUAA